AGAGUGUGCAGUAGCAGUGGCACACAUCUAAACCCUUGGCGUUGAAAGUGCUCCUUCUGUUUCUAACUCUCUCCCCAGUAAGAGUGAUAAUGGAAAACCACCGCCAAAUGCAACAGCACCGUCGUCAAAUCACCUUACUUGGAUCGACCAAUCUCGAUCUAGAUUCUACAACCGUCAACACCGUCAAAGAACUCGAUUUUUUCUCAUCAACUUCACCGUCCAACCACACUCAUACCGAUAACCUCCAUCAUCUCCCUUCAAACAUUCCUAAAGACAACGGACCACUACCUCUUUUCACUGAUCAGUUCGUAAAUACCACUCUGAAUUUAAUGUGUCCGAGUCAGAGUGACGAACUGUCAAGAUCAGCAGCAAUUGAUCAAAAUCUUAAAUCUCCGCUGAAUACGCUCCAAAAGGAGUUUCUAAGACUGCAAGAAGAGAACUACAGGUUGAGAACGAUGUUGGACCAAGUCACCCAAAACUACCACCAUCUUCAAUUUUUCAUUGCUAUGCAGAAGCAAAAGCCGUAUCAGAAGGUGGAGAAAAAGGAGAUGAUGUCUGUUCAUCAUUUAAUGGACCCACAAUCAUGCACCAAAUUGGACGCUAAAGUUGUUGCAUCAGUCUCCGAUGAUAAAUCUAGUCAAGAGGCUCAUCCUGAUCGUGUAGAAGAUGUUAUUGAACAAUCAUCAUCCAAGAGUCCCAAGUUUGAAGAAUCCAAGCCCGGUGAGCCUCCUUUAAGAAGAACCAGAGUUUCCGUGCGUGCAAGAUCAGAAGCUCCAGUGAUUUGCGAUGGAUGUCAAUGGAGGAAAUAUGGGCAAAAAAUAUCCAAGGGUAAUCCAUGUCCUCGUGCCUACUAUCGUUGCACCAUGGCACUAGGAUGUCCGGUUCGUAAACAGGUGCAAAGAUGUACAGAGGACAAGAGUGUGUUGAUAACAACUUACGAAGGCAAUCAUAACCACCCUCUUCCACCUUCAGCCACGGUGAUGGCGAAUUCUACCUCAGCAGCUGCAACUAUGUUCUUAUCUUCUUCAGGUUCAAUAACAAGUAACGAAGCACUAAACAACAGUGUAGGAGUAUUCUCUUCCAUGUACCUCUCAGCCUCUGCACCAUUUCCCACUAUCACCCUUGACAUGACCAACAACAACCCUAUGCAACUGCACCGGGACACCUCCUCUUUUCCAUUGCAUGCAACUACUUUUCCUCAGCUACCAGGCCACCCUAUCAUCUUCCCUCACAAAUUGCAACAUUCAUUAGGGCAAAAACAACCUUCGUUUAUUACAGAUAUCAUGACUGCAGCUGUUGCUUCCAAUCCAAAUUUCACUGUAGCGUUAGCAGCAGCUAUCUCGUCAAUUAUUGGAGCUCCUAGAAGUAAUGAUGCAAAUAAUAUCUACAGUAACAAUGGUGGAAAUGUUCUUGCUCUUGGGACAUCUAUGUUGCCUGGAUCCACUUAAUUUUUUUCACCUUCAUGCAUGCACCACUUAUCGGAUCACCAGCACCUUCUAUACAUGAAUUGUAGUUUACAUAUCUAUAUGACAAGAUAUACAUAUUAUUACCUUUAUGUAUAAAAUGUAAAUAUAGGAAUAUAGUUUUUUUUUUUGGGAGAAAAAUUGUAUGCAAGGAAAAAGUCAACAUUCAGCACUCAUUAAUUUUUCUCUCGUUAUGCUUAUAGUAAAAAAUUAGGAAUGUGUUGGACAAUAUAUGAACAGUGACCACAGGACGGUGUUGCUACCUAACAUGUGGAAGAUUUGGUUACAUUGUUGAGGAAUGAAUAUGUAAAUUCAAGGAAAAUGGGACUAAUGAGGAGUUCAAGAGGGUGUUUAAACUUUAUGAAGUGAAAUUAAGAAGCUUUUUGUUUA